AUGAGCAUACCGGUAUGUAUCUCUGCAGACGGGGACACCAGUGCCACAGAGAGUGGGGACGAGGUGCCACUAGAGUUGUACACGGCCUUCCAGCACACGCCCACCAGCAUCACACUCACCACCGGCCGCCUGGCGUGCAACAAGCAGGCCGACAAGAAACGCAAGAGGAGCGGAGACAAGGAGCCUGUCGCCACCUCGGCCCGAGCCAAGAAGGCGUUCCGUGAGGGCUCCAGGAAGUCCUCCAGAGUGAAGGGUGGAGCUCCAGAAAUGGAGCCCGGGGAGCACCCGUCUCUGUGGGAGAACAAGAUGAAGGCUUGGAUGGAGGCCUACGAGGAUGCCGGCAGCAACCAGUACAGCGAGGACGUCCAGAUCCUGCUCCGCGUCAAGGAGGCCGGCGACGGCAAGACCCUGGCCUACAACACACACACAGCCACCUUCAAACCGCCCGUGGAGAGCCAGGUUCAGAAGAACAAGAAGAUCCUGAAGGCAGUGAGGGACUUGGUUCCAGAGUCCCUCAUCAUAGAGUACAGGGGCAAGUUCAUGCUGCGACAGCAGUUUGAGGCCAACGGAUGCUUCUUCAAGAGGCCGUACCCCUUUGUGUUGUUCUACUCAAAGUUUGACGGGCUGGAGAUGUGUGUGGACGCCCGCAGCUUUGGCAACGAGGCCCGCUUCAUCCGACGCUCCUGCACCCCCAACUCUGAGGUGCGUCAUGUCAUAGAGGAUGGUAUGCUCCAUUUGUACAUUUACUCUUUGAGGUCCAUCAGCAAAGGCACCGAGAUCACCAUAGGCUUCGACUAUGACUAUGGCUGCUGUAAAUACAAGGUGGAUUGUGCAUGUGUGAGGGGGAACCCAGAGUGCCCGGUGCUGAAGUACAACCUGGAGCCCACAGAGAACCUGGAGGCCAGCAGCCGCCGGCGGGGCCGCAAGGACAAGGAGCCCAUGAUGCAGCGAGGGGACCACCUGGACCUGGGCCAGAAUCAGAACAUGACCCUGGACUGUGACGGCAGGGCCAAGGGCCUGGGGGCCGACGGCAAGCAGAGGAAGCUAUCACCCCUCCGCCUCUCCAUCUCCAACAACCAGGAUCCUACAGAGUUAGAGGGUGUAGAAGACCAGCCUGAUAACUCCGUUAGCAGUGAAGUAGAGAUGGAGUCAGAGGAGACCAUUGCAGAGAGAAAGAGGAAGAUGGCCAGCCCAGCGGAGGAGUCCCAUCUGCAAGGCGUGGGGGCCUCCAGCUGUCUGGGACUGAGUAAACCGGAGACACGUGAAGAGAGGAAGAUGGAGGCCAUCCUGCAGGCCUUUGCCCGCAUGGAGAAGAGGGAGAAGAGGCGGGAGCAGGCCCUGGAGAAGAUCGGCACCAAAUCAGAGGGGGGCAUCAAGGAGGAGCCCCCUGCCACCCCCGAGGCCGACAUGCAGUCUCCUGGUAUCAUGACGCCCCUGCUAGAGGUGAAGGAGGAGCCGGGUCUCAACAAGCCCACGCCGGCCAAGCUGCGAGGCAGCAAGCAGAGGAAGAGCUUCUCGCGGAGCCGCACCCACAUUGGGCAGCAGCGGCGGCGAGCGCGCACCAUCAGCACCUGCUCUGACAUACCUCCCGGCUCGCCCGGGGAACUCCUGGACCCCCUGGCCAAUGACGGCCCAGACGUAGAGGCCUCCAGGGACCCCGAACCAGAGGCCCUCUCCUCCCAUGCCCCAGACACCAGCCCCCCUUACAGUGGCUCCCCGGCCCCUGACAGAAACCGCUCCGGGCAGAAGUACCCCAAAACUAAAAAGCACUUGGUGAGUGAGUGGUGCGUCGACAAGCAGGAGCGAUCAUUGCGGACCCCAGAGCCGGCCCCGGAGAGGCCCCUGAGGAUCAGCAGCGACCCGGAGGUGCUGGCCACCCAGCUCAACGCCCUGCCCGGCAUGGGCCCCAGCCCGCACGUCUACAGCACGCCCAAACACUACGUCCGCUUCUCCUCGCCCUUCCUGGCCAACCGCAGCCCCACCACCCCUGGGGUGCCCACCGGACGCCGGCGUUCCCGCGAGCUGCCCGACACGCCGCCCACCUCAGGCUCCUGCAAGAAGCGCUGGCUGAAGCAGGCUCUAGAGGAGGAGACCACCACCCCUCCACCCAGCAGCGGCCGGCCCACCCUGGUCAUGCCCAGCGAGGACCCUCUCAGCCCCCCUAUCAACGGGGACUCUGACAGCCCCCUCCCCUACAAUGGCAGCUGCACCUUGCCAGGUGAGGACUCUGAGUUGCCCACUCCUCUGAAGAAGCGGCGCCUGGGUCUGUGUCCGCUGGACGCCUGCAUGUCAGAGAGCUCCACCCCCUACGGCUCUCCCUGCGCCACGCCAACCCGGGCCGACCUAUCAGAGACACCGGGUACACCCCUGCUGCUGGCCACGCCACCCCGCGUCACCCGUACGGAGGAGCCGAGCCCCGAGCCUCUACCUAGCACUCCCACACACGCACUCAGUGCCCCGCAGGAAAGCGAGUCUUCCCUGGACAGCUCACCAGAGGGCAGUCGCAGACCCAGCCCCCAAGAGGCUGAGCGACCACCUUCGCUGCUCUCCUCCCCCUGUGUAGCGGUCAGGGCUCCCAGUCUGGACGUGUUGCCCCCCCACGACGCCAAGACCAGCGCCCCCGUGAGCCCCCAGCCCCCCACCGCCGAGUCCCAGGACUGUGUGGGAGAGGAGGGGCCAGAGACAGGGGCCGAGGGCAAAGGCGAGGCCCCCUCCUCCUCCACAGACCCAGCCUCUUCCUCCCUCCUCCCCCCCUGGAUGAAGAGUCCAGAGAGAGUGGGUCUGUCAGGGCCAGGGGGUCUGUCCUUCUCCCCCAUCAACUCUAACCUGAGGGACCUUACCCCCUCACACACCCUGGAGCCCAUCUUGGCCUUCAGGCCUGAGGCGGUGGCUGUGGCUGUGGCUGGUGUUGUGACUGUACCAGUACCCUUGGCAGCAGGACCCUUCACAGAGGCUGCAGGGUCUCUCUUUUACCCCUGCCCUGAGGAGGGGGGAACCCUGGCCUUCUCUCGUUCACUGAGUGGAGACAGCACCGGAGAGGGAGGGUCAGGACAGAAUCCCCCACAGAAGAAAAAGGUGUCUUUGCUGGAGUACAGGAAACGUCAGCGCGAGGCGCGGCGCAGCGGCUCCAAAAUGGAAUGCGGCUCGCCUGUCUCUACAACACCUACCCUGGUGGAGAUGUUCCCUCUGCCCAUGGAGACCACCCAAGAGCCUCCACCCCUGGCUCCAGCCCAAGCUCCAGUGGCCCCUGCUGCAGUGGCCCCCACCCCGCCUGAGCCAAAUACCCCCCAGCCCAGCGAGGACACAGAGCCCCCUGUCGAGGGGGAGAGAGAGGGGGGAGAGGGACAGUGGACCUCGUCCACCUCGGUGGAGCAGGCAAGAGAGCGUGGCUACCACAGAGCCCUGUCGCUUAGUGACCACAGCAAAGACAAAGAUGGAGAGACCGAGGGCAGUGAGGCCCCAGUCAGAGAUUGUUCAUCUCCUAGCCUGCAGAGGACCCCAACCCACACGCCGUGUUCUCCUGGCCCCAGCAGCCCGUCCCAGCCUAGCAGUCGCCCAGUGAAGGAGGAGGAGAGUGACAGCCGGCCUCGGACCCCCUCCCAGGCCGCCCCACAGCAGCCCAGCAAGCCUGCCGUACCCAAGACAGCCCCCCUGACCCCCACCAAGCUGCACCCUGCUGCCCCCUACCCUGCCCCCUCACUUCUCCACUCCCCCAACCCCCAGGCUCAGGGCUCCCCUUACCGCAGCCAGAGGGCCUUCCUCUUUGCUCCUCCUCAGUCCCAGCCACAGGCUCAACCAGGGCCGCCCCCCUUCUCCCAGUACAGCCCACAGUCCGCUCCGCCUCCCCCUCCUCCACCAGCACCUCCAGCCUCAGCAGCCUACUUCCCCAGCCAGUCAGCCUCCGCCGUGGGAUCCUUCCCUGGGUUCAAGCCUUCCGUGACGUCCCCAUUCCCCCCUGGAGCCCAGCCCCUCCUGCAGACUCUUCCUCACCACGCCCUGCACUACCAGAGCUCUACCACUCCCCCUCCUCCCCCCCCCUCCCCCACCACAACAUCCUGGGCCCGGCCCGACCCUGCUGCACGUUAACCUGCAGCCUCCUCCUGU